AUGGGCCGAGCGGCUCGCUCGAGGCCAUCGCGGCGGUCGACGACGAGGACGACCGCGCGCGCGGCGACGAGUGAACGCCGACGAGGUCGAUCCAGCGCGGGGACGCUGAAUGAAACACGCGCGCGCUCGCUCGUUGAGAGUUCGUUUUCCGAGGACGAACAGAUUGAUCCGAUCGCCCGCGCGCACAGAACGACGCGCCCUCGGCACGCGCGAUCCGCGCGGAUGUUCAACGCGCUGACGAAGGCGUCGACGCUGCGGCGGCUCUCGAGCGCCGCGGCCGCGGUCGCGUCGCGCGCGUCCGCCGCGUCCGAGACCCCCCGCGGCCUCGCCGCGUCCGCCUCCGCGCUCGCGCGCGAGCGGAACCCUAACCGCGGAGCGAUCGGACGCGUCGAGGCGAACGCCGCGACGCGUCACCGCGCGUGGACGGCCUCGCCCUUCCUUUCCGCGCAACAGACGCGCGCGUACGGGCCGUACCACACGAAGUACCCCGAGGCUGCGCGCCCGCCGGACGCGUGGAACGACCCGGACCUGCGCGAGCUCGACGCGGACGGGAAGGAGAUCCUCCCACGGAACGACUACCACGUCCUGAACAUCCCGAAACACGGCACACGGAACAAGUGGCGACGACGGCGCGAGAAGGCGGCGUUCAUUCAAUGGAACGCGACCGUGAACCGAGAGAAUCGCACGAAGCGCAAUAUCGAGCGGCAGGAGAAGCGAGUGGAGAAGUGGCGGACGUUGGCGGCGAACGCGCGCGCGUACAAGGCGCGAGUCGAGGAGGAGGCGGCGGCGGCGGCGGCGGCGGCGGAGGCGGCGGAGGCGGAGCGACGCGAGGAGGCGUCGGAGGGAGGAGGGCCGGACGAGGGAGCGCGGGCGAAGGAAGGGACGCGUUAGGUAGUCGGUCGGGCGGGCGGGCGGGCGAGUCGCCCGCGUGGGCACGGUAGGACGGUGCGAUAGAACGAGUCGAUUGGAAAAUAAAAUCGAAUCGAAAUAUUUC